CAUCACUCCAAGACAAAAGCCGCAGCGGCCGCCUCAUCCACUCUCUCGAGGACAUAGCGAUCCGUCGCUCCACAUCUUCUGAAGUGGAAGGUAGUAAAGAAAUCUGCGGCAAAUCUCUCUCCACCCCCCGAUGCAGCUCCUCUUCCUCCUCCUCGUGCUGUGCCUCCUCCAAGGAGGUACAGCAACUCCCGAGGAAGAACUCCAGAUCCUGUCGCAGUUUCGAGCAUCUCUGACGGCCGCCAAGAGCAGUACCUUCGAAUCAUGGGAUGCGGGUAGCCCCGCGUGCGGCUUCGUCGGAGUCAGGUGUGAUUCCACCGGCUCCGUGUCCGAGAUCGACCUCACCGACGCCGGCAUCUCUGGCGAGAUAUCCUUCGCGUCCCUCUGCCGACUUCCCUCUCUCUCUUCCCUUUCCCUUGGCUUGAACUCCCUCUCCGGCUCUGUCUCUGCUGACCUCCGCAACUGCACUGCCCUCCGCCGCCUUGACCUCGCUGCCAACAACCUCGCCGGGCCCGUUCCCGACCUGGCACCGCUGAGCGAGCUGCGGGUCUUGAAUCUCUCCGGCAACACCCUCACCGGCGCGUUCCCGUGGGGAUCCCUAGCCCACCUCACCGGGCUCCAGGUGCUCAGCCUCGGCGAAAACUCGUUCGACCCCAGUCCCUUCCCGAAGGUGGUGGUGAGCUUGACCAAGCUCAACUGGUUAUUCCUCUCCUCCUGCAAUAUCCACGGCGAUAUCCCGCCCUCGAUUGGGAACUUGACCGAGCUCGUCGAUCUCGAGCUUGCCAGCAAUUUGCUCACCGGCGGAAUCCCCCCGGAGAUCGCGAGGCUCUCCAAGCUCUGGAUGCUGGAGCUUUUCAACAAUUCGCUCACCGGAAGAAUCCCGGCUGGGUUCGGCAAUCUCUCACGAUUGGCCUACUUCGACGCGUCCAUGAAUCAACUGGAGGGCGACCUCGCGGAGCUCCGGAGCUUGACGAGUCUCGUCUCGCUCCAGCUGUUCAUGAACGACCUCUCCGGCGAGGUGCCGCCAGAGUUCGGGGAGUUCCGGUAUCUCACGAACCUCUCGCUCUACACCAAUCGGCUCACCGGGACGCUCCCGCCGACGCUCGGGAGCUGGGCGAAGUUCGACUUCAUCGACGUGUCCACCAACUUCUUCACCGGCAGCAUCCCGCCGGACAUGUGCAGGAGGGGAACGAUGACUAGGCUUCUGAUACUAGAGAACAAUUUCACCGGCGAGAUCCCGGAAAACUACGGCAACUGUUUGUCGUUGGUGCGGUUCAGGGUGAACAAGAAUUCGCUCUCCGGCGUGGUUCCCGCCGGGCUCUGGAGUCUUCCAAAUUUGAACAUAAUCGACCUCGCCGUCAACCAGUUCGAAGGCGGGAUCGGCGCUGGGAUCGGCAAGGCCAAGUCUCUGUACCAGCUGUACCUCAAUGAAAACCGGUUCUCCGGUAAGUUGCCACCGGAGAUCGGAGGAGUGACGUCUAUCGUGAACAUAGACGUGUCGUACAACCGGUUAUACGGCGAGAUUCCUGCGAGCAUCGGAGAGCUAAAGCAACUCCUGAGUCUUAAUUUUGAAAGCAACGCCUUCUCCGGCACGAUUCCGAACGCGAUCGGCUCCUGCGUCAGGUUAAGCUCCGUCGGCCUCGCCGCAAAUAACCUCUCUGGGCCAAUCCCCGCGAGCCUCGGCCAGCUGACGAGUCUAAAUUCGCUGGACCUGUCGUACAACCAGCUAUCGGGCGAGAUACCGGUGAGCCUCGCCCCACUGAAGCUCUCCGCCCUCGACCUCUCCAACAACCAGCUCACCGGCGCGGUCCCAGCGGCGCUCGCCAUUGCCGCGUACAACAGGAGCUUUGCCGGGAACUCCGGUCUCUGCGCCGAGGGCGGCGGGGCCAACAGCCUCCGCUCGCUCAGGCAGUGCCCCGCAACCACGAGAGGCUCCUCAGACGAGCUCCGCGUCGUCCUCACUUGCUUCCUCGCCGGCGCUGCUGUCAUCCUCGCCUGCUUCGGCCUCUACAUCGCCCUCAGGAAGCGCCUAGCCGACGGGCACGGCGGCCACCAUGCUGUCGUCAAGGACCCAUCAUGGGACCUGAAAUCCUUCCGGAUCCUGACGUUCGAUGAGCAGGAGAUCGUCGACGCGAUCAAGCCGGACAACCUCAUCGGGAAGGGGGGCUCCGGGGAGGUGUACCGCGUGGAGCUGGCGAGCGGGGAGGUGGUGGCGGUGAAGCACAUAUGGAAUGACCCGGUGGGGGGGACGAAGGAGAGGAGCACAGCGGCGAUACUGGGGGCGCGGGGGCGGAGGCGGCCGGCGCGGAGGGAGUUCGAGGCGGAGAUCGCGACGCUGAGCGCGGUGAGGCACGUCAACUUGGUGAAGCUCUACUGCAGCAUAACGAGCGAGGAAUCAUGCCUGUUGGUGUACGAGCACCUGCCGAACGGGAGCCUAUGGGAUCGUCUGCACGGACCGUCGGCGGGGAAGGCGAGUGAGCUGGGGUGGGACGAGAGGUACGAGAUCGCCGUGGGGGCGGCGAGGGGGCUGGAAUACCUUCACCACGGCUGGGACCGUCCCAUCCUGCACCGGGACGUGAAGUCCAGCAACAUCCUGCUCGACCAGUGCUUCAAGCCCCGCAUCGCCGACUUCGGCCUCGCCAAGGUGCUGCAGUCCGCCGCCUCCGGGGCAGGAGGAGGGAAGGAGGGCUCCUCCGCGCACGUCAUCGCCGGCACCUACGGCUACAUUGCCCCAGAGUACGCAUACACAUGGAAGGUGAACGAGAAGAGCGACGUGUAUAGCUUCGGAGUGGUGCUGAUGGAACUGGUGACGGGGAGGCAGCCGAUAGAGCCGGAGUACGGUGAGAACAAGGACAUCGUCCACUGGGCGUCGAGGAGGAUGGGGAACAGGGAGAGCGUGAUGGGUAUGGUGGACUUGCGAAUCCCGGAAUGGGCGAGGGAGGAGGCCGUGAAGGUGCUGCGGAUUGCGGUGCUGUGCACGGCGAGGCUACCGGCCACGCGGCCGUCGAUGAGGGCGGUGGUCCAAAUGCUGGAGGAGGCAGGGAGGUGCCGAGCUUUUAGUGGCGCGUUCGGUGGUGGCAAGGCCGAGAAGGUGGAGUCUGAAGCUGUUGUGGGUGAUUAAUCCCAAAGGGAUGACUGAUAUAUGUAAUGUAUACAUAUAUUACAUAUGAUAGAUUGGAUGAGAUUAGGAAUAUACGAUAUUAUCGCGGCUCCACACACAA